AUGAGCCCAGCUCUCGGUAACAUUGUAUCUUCUCUGCAGAGAAGUGGAACAUUUAUCAACACUUUAAUUGCUGCUUUGACUAUCUGUGGGCAACAACUCUUCUCCUCUUUCACGUUCAGUUGUCCCUGUCAAGUUGGGAAAAAUUUCUACUAUGGUUCUGCUUUUCUGAUCAUUCCUGCCUUAAUCCUUCUGGUUGCCGGCUUUGCUCUGAGAAGCCAGACGUGGACAAUCACCAGUGAAUACUGCUGCAGCUGUGUCCCUCAGCUCCGGAGAAUCAGCCUCCUGGAGCGCAGGCUGGCUUGCCUUCACUUCUUCAGCAUCACCGGAAGGGCACUUGUUGCUCCAUUAACGUGGCUGGCGGUGACCCUGCUGACAGGCACGUACUACGAAUGUGCGGCAAGUGAAUUCGUAUCUGUGGGCCGUUACCGAGCGUUUGACAAUAUUAGUGCCGGCGAACAGCAAGAGAUCCUAGCCGGGUUUCCGUGCUGCAGAUCAGUUCCAUCCAAUAUGAUCCUGGUCAGAGAUGAAGUAGCUCUUCUACACAGAUACCAGUCACAGAUGCUGGGCUGGAUUCUGAUCACCUUGGCAACCAUCACUGCCCUAGUCUCCUAUUCUUUGGCGAGGUGCUGCUCACCCCUCACCUCCCUGCAGCAUCGCUACUGGACCAACCACCUCCACAAUGAGAGGGAACUCUUUGAACAAGCCGCAGCACAGCAUUCACGGCUGCUCAUCCUGCAGCGCAUAAAGAAGCUAUUUGGCUUCAUUCCUGGAAACGAAGAUGUCAGACACAUCCAUAUUCCUUCAUGUCAGGACUGGAGAGAGAUGUCCGUCCCCAGCUUUAUCUGCAUGGGUAAUGACAUGCAAGGUAACUACGGCUUCCUUGGAGGCAGGGUGGAUGAGGAUAAUGAGGAAGGCAGAUCAGAAGAUAUUGAAUUAAAACCUUAA